AUGAUAAGCCCAGCGAAUCCGGCCCGCACCAUUGUGCGCGGCUUUACUGGAACUCCUGUGACUUCUGGAGACGAAGAUUCCGACUACGGCAAUUCUGAAACUCCCACUUUGGGCUCUCGCCGAGGACGAGCUCGAAUUGACGACGUGGUCAGUGCCAACUGCAGCCCCAUUUUGAAGGCUGUACCAUCACCCGGCGUCUCUGGUAUUGCGAAGCUGCGAAUGCAAAUGGAUCACCUUAGUCUCGACGCCUCUUCCCGAUCAAGCUCUGUGGCUCGCAAUGGAGGCCGUCCCGAAUUCAGGUCCGGAAUCACCACGGAACUGAACAGCCGUGCCCAAAGCCGAGACGGAGCACGCAGCGAGGCAGGCAGCGACAGUUCAGAGUACGGCUCCACCAGCUACGAAGUUAAUUUGGAAAGCGAUUUUGUCAGCGAGAGUGUUUGCGAACGAGCUGGAUUUAUUGAAGGUGGCCUGAACCCGAAGCGCAAGAUGACCCAAGAAGAGUUUGAGCCUCUCCGUUGCUUGGGCAAAGGGACAUACGGUACUGUCCUCCUCGUCAAGCAACGUGCGACAGGGAGAUUGUAUGCGCAGAAGCAGCUCAAGAAGGCGUCGCUGGUCGUGCAUAAGAAGCUGAUUGAGCAGACCAAGACGGAGCGACAAGUUCUCGAAUCCGUGAAUCGACACCCCUUUGUUGUGAAGCUCUUUUAUGCCUUUCAGGACCUUGAAAAACUCUAUCUGAUUCUGGAGUACGGACAAGGCGGGGAACUCUUUACCCACCUCAAUACCGAAAAGAUGUUUUCUGAGACCGUGGCUGCUUUUUACAUGGCAGAGAUGUUACUUGCCAUCUCCCACCUUCACAACGACCUCGGAGUGGUAUAUCGUGACCUCAAACCAGAGAACUGCCUUUUGGAUGCCGAUGGCCAUUUGCUCCUCACAGACUUUGGUCUGUCCAAGGUGGCUGUGGAGAAAUCGGAGGACACCUGCAACUCCAUACUCGGAACGGUUGAGUACAUGGCCCCUGAGGUCAUCCUUGGCAAGCGAUACGGCAAAGCCGUGGACUGGUGGUCCUUUGGUGCUCUGGGUUAUGACCUCAUGACGGGCAACCCGCCAUUCCGUGGCCAGAAUCAUGCCAAAAUCCAAGACAACAUAGUCAAGCAAAAGCUCGUCCUGCCCUAUUUUCUCAGCCCUGAUGCAAAGGAUUUGCUUACACGCCUGCUGAGAAAGGAUCCUCAUAAGAGGCUUGGGUAUUGUAUGCCCAAGGAUCUUCAUACGCUCAAGAAGCACCGCUUCUUCCGCAAGAUUGACUGGAAGAAACUCGAGGCACGAGAACUAGAGCCACCUAUUCAGCCUAUGAUUACCGACCCCGAGCUUGCUGAGAACUUUGCUCCCGAGUUCACAGACCUGGCUCUUAGCCCGUUGGUGACGUCAAAGGAUGCAUGGCCAACGACCGGAUCGGCUAAAGACGAUGUGUUUGGAGGCUUCAGCUUCGUGGCCUCGUCAAGUCUUCUUGAAAGCAGCAUGUUUGCCGUGGCCAACGGUGCGUAA